UUGAGUGUAGAAGGGAUGGCAUCCUAACUAGUGCUUAGGACUCGAUUGAGUUCGAGUGGGAGUUUUGGGUUUAGGGUCAUCAACGGUCAGCCCUAGCUAGCUCACUGGGCCCCACCGCCAACACGCUUUUUCCCUCAAAUGCGAGUAAUGAGAUUUGAUUAAAGAAGAGCUGAAGAAGGAAAUAAAGAACGCCAUACUUACUCACUGCUCUCUCCCACUUCCUUCUUCUCUCCCAUCUCGAGCAUCCCCAUGGCCGACCGAGAGACUCCGCCGCCGCCGAUCGACUUCAUUAAGGCGGCCACUGUCGACUCUUUCUGCGAGCUACCAUUCCUCUGCGCCUCCGCGCCGGAGCAUCAUAAUUCGACGAGCCCUGCCGCCGGCGCCGUGCGGCUCUUCGGCAUCGAUGUCCACUCCGGCUGCGAGGAGAACGCGCGCAGGUUCGGGUGCCACUACUGCGGCCGCAUGUUCCCCACGUCGCAGGCGCUCGGCGGCCACCAGAACGCACACAAGCGCGAGCGCCAGCACGGCAAGAUCACUCACCUCCACUCCGCCGCCAUGGCCGUCGCCGCCGCGGAGCACCAUCUCCGCCGCCACCCCGCAGCCGCCUUCUCCCCCGCGACCCACCUCAACUACCCGCCCGCUCGCAGCCACCUCGGCACAUCCGCCCGCUUCCAGUACCACCACCCUUCUCCAUCGCCUUCGCGCCACCCGUCACCUCCAUGGACAGAUGGCAGUCGCAUCCCCCACCGCACAUCGGCAACAACGGCGGCGGCGCUGCCGGGGAAGUGGAAAGCCCCGACCCUGCAACCUCUUUUCAGGCCGGCCGAAGGAGGCGCCAAUGGCCGCGCUGGUUCCUCAUCUUCUUCCUUUUAAGUCUGGAUUUGCAUUUGUAAGUUACU